AUGACUAGCUUCGUACCCGCAGUGCGGGCAUGCUGUGCUAGAGCUAGCCUGCGGGCUGCUCGGCCGGCAACACGAUCUUUUGCCACGUCGACACGCCUGCAGAGACAGGGACCGGGCACCGGCGAGAACUUCGAGCAAGCCAACGAUCCUACGCCUCGCAAGCUGACACCGAAUGUCUCUCAAACGAACGCGGAGGGAGUGACUGCGAUGGGAAACAGGGAUGGCGUCUUGCAGCAGUCGGUCGAGUCACAGGAAAAGCAGCGACAAAUGCAGGCCCCGAACCGCGCACGGCCCUGGAGCAGAAACCAGCAAGCUCGAGAGGUCGCGAUGAGUGGACCGAGAUUUGAACAGACAAUCAUGGACCUGCAGCCACAACCACCAGCGGCAAUUGAAUUGAUCCACAAGCAGCCAGUCCGAUGGGUUGAUGCAAAGUCUGUAGCUUGCGACGGUGGCGGAGGACCGCUCGGUCAUCCCAAAAUCUUCAUCAAUCUCGACAAACCACAGAUCUGCGAGUGCACGUAUUGCGGUCUCCCCUAUGCAAAGAAAGCGCACAAGGAGUAUUUGCAGUCACUGCCAUCUACGACAUACCCACUUGAGCCCAGCAACGAUCCGGCUCAGGUCCAAAUGCCCCAAACAGCCAGCAUGAAGGGCGAGAUUCAGGGUCACUACCCACCUCUGAAGGGCGAGGUCGAUGCAGAAGCUGUCUCUGGCGCGCAAAGAUAG